GAAUACGUCUUCUAACCCCUGUUAUGAGCAAACACCAACCCCGCUGCACAUAAAUGUGAUAAAGACUCACCUCGGAGCCGUCACUAACAUGAUCAAGCAGAGCGUCUCCCAGACUGUAAGCCUUCUCUUCUCAAUACUCGCCGAAUCCAGUCCCAGAUACUGCACCACCAACACAAUGGCCCCUUCAGCAAUCGACUCUGACCUGCCAAUCAGCACCAAGGGGGUAGUCCGUUCACCUCUCCGAUUAUCCGGGGCUCUCGACUCGUAUGAGUCCUUUGACGUCACUCCGAUCAUUGGCCGUGAGUUCCCCACGGCUAAGCUCGUUGAGUGGCUGGAAGCGCCCAACUCCGAUGAGCUACUCAGGGACUUGGCAAUCACUAUCUCCCAACGCGGUGUGGUAUUUUUCCGGGCUCAGGAUGGUCUCACCAAUGAACUCCAGAAGAAACUGAUCCUGCGUCUGGGUGAGCUCACGGGACGGCCAGCAACCUCGGGCCUCCACAUCCACCCCAUCCUCAACUCGGAGCGCGAGCUUGGCGGUGACGAUCCCGAGAUUAGUACCAUCAGCUCCAUCCAGAACAAGCAGUUUUACUCGCGAGUGGCGCCAGACACGCUUAGCCCCAAGAACCAAAGCAGUGCCCAGUGGCACAGCGACAUUGCCUUUGAGCCAGUCCCGGCGGACUACACGUCCCUCCGUCUCGUCCAGCUCCCUACUACGGGAGGAGACACCCUUUGGGCGUCGGGGUACGAACUCUACGACCGCAUCAGCGAGCCGUACCAAAAGUUUCUCGAAACUCUCACCGUCACCUUUGAGCAGCCCGGCUUCCAGAAGAUUGCCCAACAGUCCGGCUUUAAGAUGUACGACAAGCCACGGGGCGCGCCUGAGAACGUCGGCACCGAGCUCAGGGCUGUCCACCCCGUGGUCCGCACCAACCCGGUGACGGGGUGGAAGAGCAUCUUCCCCGUGGGCGGUCACGUCAAGCACAUCAACGGUUUGACCGAAGAGGAGAGUGGCAAGCUGCUUGGUUGGUUCCUGGAUCUGGUCUACAGGAACCAUGACUUGCAGGUUAGGUUCAAGUGGAAGAAUCCGAAUGAUAUUGCUAUUUGGGAUAACCGGUCCGUGUUCCACACGGCCACCUUUGACUACCUUGAUGGAAGCUAUGGUGAACGGUUUGGGAACCGGGCGGUGGGUUUGGGGGAGAGGCCGUAUUUCGACCCCAAUAGUACGUCCAGAAGGGCUGCUCUGAGCAGAGCUGGAUAAGGGAGGGUUUCACAGGCUGUACAGGGGUAGCCUUUGUCGUUCAGCUCCUUUCCUAUUGCGACUCAUGGCACCAGAGCUACUCCUGUGCGCAGUUUUGAGAUUGCCAAGGACUACCCUAUACAAUAACAAUCGUGGAGUCCGCCCUUCUUUUCAGGCAACUGAGGAAGAGACAGCAUUUCGAUCGUACAUGUUAUAACCAAGUCAUCUCAAUGACAGCUUUUCCAUCUGCCUAGCUAUGUACCUACAUAAGAUUAAGGUACUUACAAGUCGAGACACCGCGCCGGCUCACUAGGAUCAGCCUGCCUAAGUACC